AUGAGUGCCGAAGAAACCAAAAAAACAGAAGAUAAAGAAGCGGUGAAAUCCAAGAUUUUGAAUCAGGUGGAAUUCUACUUCUCGGAUUCGAACUUGUUGAAUGACAGAUUCCUUUUCACAACACAGCAGGCAAACGAUGGAUGGGUGCCAAUAUCGAUUCUUUCGCAGUUCCAGAGAAUGAAGAAAUACAGACCAAUAGAGUUGAUUGUGGAAGCAUUACGUAGCUCUGAGGAUGUUCUCGAAGUUUCCAAGGAUGGAGAGAUGGUCCGGAGAAAAGUCCCACUUCCAACAGAUCAAAACCAGGUGCAGCUUGGAAUUGCAAAGAGAUCGGUUGUUGCCGAACCAUUUCCAAAAGAUUCAAAGCUAGAUGAUCUACUUGAGUUUUUCAGAGGCAUUGCACCAAUAAACCAGGUGAGAAUGAAGAGGAAGCACAAGCAGUUCACGGGCUCGGUUAUAGUUGAAUUUAAGAAGGAGGAGGAUGCAAAGAAGGUUCUAGAGGCCGACCCGAAGCCGAAAUACCAGGAGGCAGAGCUUAAAAUUGUUAGUAAGGCUGCAUAUGAUGAGUCCAAGGCUCAAAGCUUUGGAAAGAGAAGAGGUGGAAGAGGAAGAAGAGCUUCAAAGGCUGCAGAGGACAGAAAGAGAGAGAAAUCUCCAGAAAGAAAGGAUGCUGGUUACAGGAAGAGAGAUGAAGAGAAGGAGGAGAAGAAGGAAGAGAGUGAGGAGAAGAAGGAAAAGAGUGAGGAGAAGAGUGAGGAAAAGAAGGAGGAAAAAGAAGACAAGCAGUAA